GUCGUUGUUAAACGCGAAUGCGGCCUUCGUGACAUUUCACGUUCUUGAAUUUUGAAUUCAUGUGAUUUGAUUUGGCAAAAAUCGCUCGCAGCCUGCUGAUUCGAUUGAAUCGUCGCUGAAAACACAGCGCUCGAGACUCUGACUGAGACUUGGUGUUUUAACACGCAGUGCCGAUGCAUGCAAACCUACUACUACAGCAUACCAGUACUCUACUUUUACCACAGCAGAGACCUUUGUUGCCAGUUCAGGCAUACACUAGCCCAGUGUAUGAUAGGAGACAUCUUGAAGGGAAUCCAUCUCUGAAGAUAAGAGAGAGAGAUCUUGUUGCUGCCACAAAACCGGGGGUACCGAAGCUCACUUUUCCCGAAAGAUGAAGUGCUCUUCUCUUCUAACGUUGACGGCUCUUUCUCUCGUCCUCUCUGCGACGAGGGCCCAGCUGCCCGACUACGAGACGCUGACUUCAACACUUCAAACCAUUGUGGCUGAAGAGAAUGGAGGCUUUGGCUUCCACAUGUGGGCAUCUAUUGUGGACCGAGAUGGCACUGUCUUGAUGGUAGCCAGGUCAGGUGAAGACCGUGGCGAUCAGUGGCCCGGAAGCCGAGUCAUUUCAGCGCAAAAGGCCAACACAGCGAAUGCCUUUAGCCUACCAGGCCUGGCCCUAUCGACAGCCAACUUGUACUACGCGACCCAGUCUGGCCAGAGCCUCUUUGGUCUGCAGCUCAGCAAUCCUGUGGACACGAGUGUGGCCUACGGAGGUUCCGCGGAGCGAUUUGGAACACAAUUUGAUCCCAUGAUAGGAAAACGUAUAGGAGGAGUCAAUGUAUUUGGUGGAGGAUUGGCUCUUUAUGAUUCCACCGGCGAAGUUGUAGGAGCCAUUGGAGUGAGCGGAGAUAGCUCUGUUGCUGACCACAUCAUCGCUUGGAAGCUUCGCGAUGCCUUGGAUCUGGAUUACAUACCCGGUGGGGUCAGUCCAACCGGGGACGAUAACAUGGUUCUCGACCUGAAUCGAGGUGAAAGUGCCAGUGGAUGGGGACACCCCAGUACUACCGAGGCUGCCACUGAGAUUGUGGGCAAUCUUCCUGAAGUUGCUCCCGUUGGAGUUCUUCUGCAGAGUAGAGUAAGCGGAGACGAAGAUUUUGGACAAAUCCCAUAGUUUCCUGGGGAUGAAUAUUCAAAGGAACAUGGACCCAUGCAUAUAUGUAUAUAUGAAACGAUAGCUGAAUGAAGAACUAAAUUUUCAAUCAAAAG